AUAUGUACCGUUUCUUCUUCCGCACUUCACAAAUCUUCGUUCUUCAGCGGCUGUUCUCCCGCCAAUCUCAUUCCGUUGCAGUUCCGUUCGUAAUUUUGCAUCUUCACUCACUGAAGCUACGGCAAUAUCGCCCACAAACGCAUAGCCAUUGGCAUUAGCAUGGUCGAGGGGUCUAUUUCUUCUCAUCUUGACAGUGGACCAGAAUCUAAAGAGCAAGUCGAUGGUCUUACUCCUGAAGACAUUGCUUGGGUUGAUUCUUGCCUGAUUAAAGAGGUACCAGAUAUUUCAGAUGGCAAUUGGAACGACAUAAAGGAUGCCUUGUUAGAAAUCAUUGACCUUUAUCCUCAAGGUUUUGAAUCUUCUCUUGCUCUGAGCGAUAAUGUUCCAGGAGCUAGUAAUGGCGACAUCGAUGUAGACAUGCUUCCUUCUAACAAUGUGAAGGAGCUUACAUUCUCCUCAAGAGAUAGUGAUGAUCUUAUGAACGAAACAAGAAUGGUGCCAGAAGAUCAUCCUAUGAAUGAUACAGGAAUAGCUUCGGAAGAUCCCCAAAUGCACCAUGAUGACAUCGAUACUUCUCUGCCUUUUACUCUUGUCAAAAAUCCAUUUUUACCAACUUACAAAGAGGAAGUAGAAGGGAAUGAUGAGAAUAAUCAAGCUGGAAUUGGGCAUGAAUUAUCAGAAAUUGGAUCUGAUUCGCCAAUCAAUAAUAUUUUCCAUGUCUGGGAUUUGAACUUUCCUCCAGUCGAGGAUGAGCUCGUGGAGCAGCUGAACAAAGCCCUUACCGAAAAUUCUGUUGAAUUAGUCCCUUCAAUGGACAGUAAUCUUGGUGUGUCGAAAGACUUGAAGGAAGAUUUACUUGAUGACUUGAUCAAUAGCAUUUCUGAUCUAUCUUUGGAACAGACUAAAUACUAGGGAGAUAGUUGUUCUGGAGCCACUGACUUGUGGAAGUUCAUAUUCUCGAAUCUCAACACUUGGCACUCUGGUCGUAAUUUGAAAUGUGUCACAUUGGAAUAGGGGUGAUUUUGGAGAUAGUAGCCUCAGACGAUAUAGUUCUACAAUUUUUAUAGUCAAAUUAGUGGGAUAUGUGAAUACCUUUUUCUCUCCCAAAAUCUGAUUGACAGGUUUUCUCAACAAUGAUGUAUUAGCAAUUAGUACAUUUAAGAUGUGAUUUCAUGGACAGUUAAAUGCUUGCUUAAUGACUAAUUUUGUUUUCACAGAAGUAAUUAAUAAAUCUAGUAGAUUGUUGAA